UCCAAACACCCAGCCAUGAAUAAGAAGCUGCUUCUUCAACCUUGUUCUUCUUCUUCUUGGAAUGUUUUCAAAACUUUUGCCGUGGUGUUGCUGUCAUUCCUUGUUCUUGCUGUAUCAAAUGUCUGCGCGGAAUGUACGUGUGACCCGCCGGAAGAAGGAGACCAUAACAAGAAAGAGGCGCUUAAAUACAAGAUAGUUGCAUUUGUAUCCAUUCUGGUUGCUGGUGCAAUUGGAGUAGCUCUUCCCCAGCUUGGCAAGAAAAUCCCAGCUAUAAGACCAGAGAAAGAUAUAUUCUUUGUGAUCAAAGCUUUUGCAGCUGGUGUUAUCUUAGCAACCGCAUUCAUCCAUAUACUUCCAGAUGCAUUCGAGAGCCUAAGUUCACCUUGUUUGAAGGAGAAUCCAUGGGCAAAUUUUCCGUUCACCGGAUUCAUUGCAAUGAUGUCAGCCAUAUUGACGUUGAUGGUUGAUACCUUAGCUACAGGAUACUACAGAAGAUCAAACUUUAAGAACACACAAGGCGCGAUUAUGGAUCAUAAUCAAGGCCAGGAUGAUCAUGUGCAUAACUAUGCAACACAUGCUCAUUCACAUGGGUCAGCGUCCGCCAUGGAAUCAUCCGAGGCUAACGCAUCGUCUGAACUUAUGCGACAUCGUGUCAUCUCCCAGGUGUUGGAACUAGGAAUCGUGGUUCAUUCAGUGAUAAUUGGGAUAGCCUUGGGCGCAUCCGAAGACCCAUCCAGCAUUAAGCCACUUGUUGGGGCGCUAACUUUCCAUCAAUUCUUCGAGGGCGUUGGACUUGGUGGAUGCAUAACUCAGGCAAAAUUCAAGAGUAGAGCCGUAGUGAUAAUGAUACUAUUCUUCUCACUUACAACACCAAUUGGGAUUGGAAUCGGCAUCGGGAUAUCAAGUUCGUACGAAGAGAACAGUCCAACUGCUCUAAUAACAUCAGGUGUUCUAGAUGCUGCUGCAGCUGGGAUCUUGAUAUACAUGUCCCUGGUUGAUCUACUGGCAGCUGAUUUCAUGAACCCUAGAGUUCAACAAAAUGCUAAGCUUCAGUUCUCAGCUUACGUAUCCCUACUCGUUGGGGCUGCCUGUAUGGCAAUCAUUGCUAAAUGGGCUUGAUCACAGUGCAUGCAUGUCAGUAAGGAUGCAUGCAAUGGUCAUUCAACUUUUUUAUUCUUUCGGGGUGCCAAUGCCGCCAAUUCCCAAGGCUUACUUUCUUCUUGUUUCUUGUGUGUUGGAAGAAAGAUGGCUAUGGCUGCUUUCAAAUUCUUUUGAAGUUGAUGGAAUUAACUGUUGUUGCUUACAGUUAAUCCCUAAAAAAUAAGUUGACUUGUAUAUGUGAACUGUAAAAAUGUUGUAGGUAUAUACUGAUGAUGAUGUAAUUCAGAUACCAAAAGGAACGAGGUGAAGAAGAUUAUGGUAUGGUAUAUUACACUAACUAUACAUUGUAAUUAAACUAUGUUGCUUCAUUCUCAAUAUAUAC